AUGCCUCCAAAGCGGAAUCAAAGAUAUCAACAUAAUAAGCGAUUUCAAAGAAAAUCCAACCCUGCUUUCCACCUUCGACAUCAGGACAAUCGAUUUAAUUAUUCUUCACGUCAAGAUAACUUUGAUGAACAAUUCCCAGAAACUAUCUCUGAUGAUAUCUAUGGAACAAACAUUGCACCAACAUUUCAUCAGAUGGAUCAAAAUACAUCAAGAUCGUUGAAGAAUUUUGAAAUACGAGGCAACGCCUAUAAUUUCUCGUUAAAUAAUAUUAAUCAUUCAAUGAACAACAUUCAACCCAAUUCAAUAAUUUCUUCUACUUAA